AUGGAGGAGAAAGUGGUUAAAGUCGGCCUGGUGGUCGAGAAGAUGGCUGCCAUGCUGCCUGAGAUCCCCAUAGCAGAGCCCAUCACCAUCCUGCCAGAGCCAGAGCCGGAGCCGGAGCCAGACUCGGGCUCUGACUACACCCGCUCGCUGGAGACUGCGACAGAGACCGAGAACAGCAGCGAGCCCGAGGUUGAUAGUGACAAGAAGAGUGACUCUGAGACUGACAUUGACCCUCCAGCUGCGUCUAACGGCAUCCCAACGCCCACCCGGCCCUCGCCAGCACCGCCAUCCCCCCAUGUCUCUCCUCACGUCGAACGCAGCAACCCGAUGGGCCACGGAGCAGCCCAGACAGUCAGCUCGAAGGACCCCAAGGCCGCUGCCCAGGCUGCCAGUGACAUGAAGAACGUUGUUCGCCGGAAACUGGCCGGCUACGUUGGGUUUGCCAACCUGCCAAACCAGUGGCACCGCAAGAGUGUACGAAAGGGGUUCAACUUUAACGUCAUGGUCGUUGGUGAGUCUGGCCUGGGAAAAUCGACGCUGGUCAACACACUCUUCAACACAUCUCUAUAUCCCCCACGAGAACGUACUGGCCCCAGCCUGGACAUCAUCCCCAAGACCGUCUCCGUCGAGUCCAUCAGUGCAGACAUCGAGGAGAACGGCGUCCGUCUGCGUUUGACCGUCGUUGACACCCCCGGAUUCGGAGACUUUGUCAACAACGACGACUCGUGGCGUCCCAUUGUCGAGAACAUCGAGCAGCGGUUCGAUGCCUACCUCGACGCCGAGAACAAGGUCAACCGCAUGAACAUCGUUGACAACCGUGUGCACGCCUGUGUCUACUUCAUCCAGCCCACUGGCCACUCCCUGAAGCCAUUGGACAUUGAGGUGAUGCGCCGUCUGCAUACCAAGGUCAACUUGAUCCCAGUCAUUGCUAAGGCUGACACCCUGACCGACGAAGAGAUUGCCCUCUUCAAGCAGAGAAUCUUGGCUGAUAUCCAGCACCACUCGAUCCAGAUCUUCGAGGGCCCACGCUACGAGCUGGACGACGAGGAAACCAUUGCCGAGAACAAGGAGAUCAUGUCCAAGGUCCCCUUUGCCGUGGUUGGUGCCAACUCGGAAGUGACCAGCGCUGACGGCCGCAAAGUGCGUGGCCGCCGCUACCCCUGGGGCGUCAUCGAGGUCGACAACGAGGAGCACUGCGACUUUGUGAAGCUGCGCCAGAUGCUGAUCCGCACACACAUGGAGGAGCUCAAGGAGCACACCAACAACACGCUGUACGAGAACUACCGCUCGGACAAGCUGACGCAGAUGGGCGUGACACAGGACCCAAGCGUCUUCAAGGAGGUCAACCCGGCCGUGAAGCAGGAGGAGGAGCGCGCCCUGCACGAGCAGAAGCUGGCCAAGAUGGAGGCCGAGAUGAAGAUGGUCUUCCAGCAAAAGGUGCAGGAGAAGGAGAGCAAGCUGAAGCAGUCCGAAGAAGAGCUGUUUGCCCGACACCGCGAGAUGAAGGAGCAGCUCGACCGACAGCGCCAGGAGCUAGAGGAGAAGAAGGCCCGUCUCGAGAGCGGACGGCCGCUGGAAGACAAGAUAAAGCGAAAGGGGUUCUCUCUCCGUUAA